AUGUUAGCUCUUUUGAUGCAUUAUGUGAUUCUAAACAAAUUACCGAGUGCCAAUUCACCACCUCCGUUUUUAAAGCUACGUAAUUACACCGCUGAAGCCUGCGGUGUUUGCUCAACGUCGGGUGAUCUACACACAUCUUGCUUGCUACCCGAAUCGGAGAGGGAUAAUACUUUUCGAUAUGGUGACGAUGAUAAGGUGGUUGUUAUCGCGAGGGAACACGACCGUACUCCAAGCGCCAACUAA